CGUUACAAUCUUUAUAUAUAAACGUAGCUACGUUCCCUCUUCUCUCCCACUUAUACUUCCCAUUCAUAGUACAAAAUUAAGAGACAACAGAAGAGUCAACAUGUCGAGAAUUUCGCCGGAAAAGUCUAGGUUUGCUCAGACUUGUAAUCUUCUCAGCCAUUAUGUUAAAGAGAAGGGGAGUCUUCGAGAUCUUAACAUAGAUAUCAACGGAGGAGUAUCUGCACACAAUAAUGUGAAGCCUAUGAAUCUUUUUCCCCAGUAUGCCACUAUGCAAGAUGCUGUCAGAAUCACCAGCUCCAGGGAAAAAAAUGAGACCGAGGUUAAAAAUGGGCAGAUGACUAUAAUCUACGCGGGACAAGUUUUGGUGUUUGAUGAUUUUUCUGCGGUGAAAGCCAACGAAGUGAUGCAACUCGCAAGCAAGUAUGUUAAUGCAAGCAAAGUGGUCGAAAAUCCUAGCAACUCGAUGGCGUUUGCCUCCAGCAUGGGUUCGAUUUCAGGUUCGGUUGAAGCGCAAAACGAAAUAAAGCAACAAGCGCAACCGAUUUGGUUGGAUCUGCCGAUUGCAAGAAGAGCUUCACUGCAUAGGUUCUUAUCGAAAAGGAAAGACAGGGCUAGUUCAAGAGGGCCAUAUCAGUUGCACAAGCCAUCUGCAGAAUCUCCCAAGGAACUGUUCGAUCUCAACUUGUAGUCAAUGCUGGGAUAUUAUUUGAUAUUUUAUUUAUUUACUAAUGCUGUUACAGAUUCUUUUUAUAUUUGAUGUAUGUUUACCAGACAAUUAGUUAUACGUGUUCAGUGUUCUGAUCUGAA